UUUAAAUUUGUGCUUUCCGAAAUUAUUAUCCCACAACUAUUACAAUGAACGGGAUUCUUCAACUAAUCGGAUUUAUUAUGAAUAGCGUGGGACUGAUUUGCGUUCUUGUAACCACGUUUGUACCGGAAUGGAGAAGAAAUGACCCAGCUGGGGAAGUGUUAGAAUCUAUUGUGAGACACCAAGGUAUAUGGGUCCGGUGCAUCGCAUAUCCCACUGGGCAAUGGCAAUGUGACGACUACGACGCCUUUUUUCUUGGUCUCCCAAUGCAGUUACAGGUUGCUAGAGGACUGAGUGUUACAGCAUGUAUUCUUGGAUUCAUGGGCUUCAUAGUAAGUUUGGUGGGAAUGCAAUGCACGAACUGCUUUGAGGGAAAUCCCCGAAUGAAAGCAAGAACCUCAAUGGUCGGGGCCAUUGCCUUUGGACUCAGUGGAAUUUCCAUUGGAGCAGCCGUCUCAUUCUACGCCCACCAGGUAUUAUCCGAAUACAAUCGUGAUAUACUUCUUUUCCGGGAUGAUAUAGGGCAGCGAUUUAUCUACGGUGUCUGUCUAUUCGUGGGAUGGGCCUCCAUCGCGAUUCUUGUUCUUGGGGCCCUUGUCUCCGGAUGUGGUAGUCUGGUUGACGAUGAGGAGGACAGUGUUAGAAGAACACCUUAUAUGCCUACUUAUAACAAAGGAAAAAACAUGGCAAACACUGAAUAUGUGUAGAUGUGACACUACGCACAAAUUACAUUAUCUAUUUUCUCUUUCGCAGUCUCUAACAGAUUCGUUGUGGUAAGAAGCGCUAAUAAACACUUAUAAACAGGUAAUCCGGAAUCACACAAACCGUUUGUAUAUCUCACUUGUGACUAGUUAAUAAUCCGUCCAGUUAAGUCGGACCAAAUUUACCAAUCUAUAUAGUUAACCUCACUUUGGCUAUUUUCAUUUGUAAAUAUAACUUGUUUUGUUAAACCACUGUAGUUUUCGAAAACAGUAUUUUGUUACAUAUGCUUGGCAUAGUGCCUUGUGUUACAUUUAUAUAAUUUUUUUUUAACUUUUUACUGAAGUAGCAAUUCCCGAAUGAAUACCAUCAACUGAUACAUCCCAUAUUCAGCAUUGUGAAGAAUAUGGGAAUUUCCUAUUUUUUCUUCUCUUAUAUCCACAUUUAACGGUCCAGUAUAAGGAGGUUCUUUUGUCAAUAAGCACAUUAUACUUACUGACGCUCAUACUUUUGAUACGGGCUAAAUUUUUGCAUCGAUAUAUUAGCAGUAGUUAGCUAAGCCAAAAAAGCAAAACUUUAUUGCUUCGUUCAACGAAAUGAAGAUUUUGUUCUAUAGGCCUAUACAGUUUAAAAUAUAGCCCGAGUCUUCAAGGUGGCAUCAUUUAAUAUAUGUAUGAGUUAUACUUUGUUUAGUACAUAUCUCACGCGAAUGAUUUACAAUAAAUAUGAAAAUAUGAUUCUUUUUUAUAUAA